GGUGUCUCUGUAAAAGAUAGGUAUGGUUUUAAGAUCGUUCUGUACAGCUAUCUUUUUACUUACAAGCGUUUAUCUACUAUUUUCUCAUAAAUUCAGCGUAUCCUCGGCUGCAACAAACAAAGAUGUACACCAGAGACGUGUAUCUCGACAUAACAAUAUUGAUAGUUACUCCAAAUACCCACGAUACGACAGAAUAAAAGCAGACCCGUUCAUAUAUGGUUUUAUUCUGGAUGAUGAUGAGUUUUUGGAAUUUCCGAAACGUCAAAGCUCAGAUGAUUAUGGUCAUCUUAGAUUUGGAAGAAAAAACGGGGAAGACAUUUCGGAUGAUUACGGACAUAUGAGAUUUGGGAGAAGCGAUUCCGACCGGAAAUAA